UUUCAGUCUAACAACACACUCAACAGAUAGUCGGUACACCUAAACAACAACAAAUGACAUCUAUAUUGUGGCUCUUUAGCCUAGCCGUAUUAUGGCAUAUGGGUCAACCUCAACCAGCCGAGCUAUAUCCCAGCGUUGAUCCAAAUCAUUUUGGAGCCGACGGAAACCCUUGCUACGACCGAGCGACACGCCAGCCACAAAGAUGUGUGCCAGAUUUUGUCAAUGCCGCUUUCAACCUCGAGGUGCAAGUGACCAACACAUGCGGUACCAAACGACCAACAAAAUUCUGUGUGCAAUCUGGACAUACCGGACAACGCAGUGUUUGUGAAACUUGCGACGACCGACAUGAAGGUUUCUCCCAUCCGGCCAAGUACCUUACCGACUUCAACGUGGGUAAUAAUGAAACCUGGUGGCAAUCAGACACGAUGCAAGAAGGACAACAGUAUCCAACUACCACUAACUUGACUCUUGUUCUCGGCAAAUCGUUUGAUAUCACUUAUGUCCGUCUGAAGUUCAUCAGUCCACGUCCAGAGUCGUUCACGAUCUACAAGAAAACACAUACAGAUAGCGAAUGGGAGCCAUGGCAAUUCUAUUCAGGUUCCUGUCGUGCCACCUACGGACUUUCGGAUAGAGCACCAAUUCUGCCAGGAAACGAAGCAACAGCUCAGUGUACUAAAGAAUUCUCCGAUAUUUCUCCAAUCACUGGUGGAAACAUUGCUUUCUCCACACUAGAAGGACGCCCAUCUGCCCACGCUUUUGAAGAGUCUGAAGUUCUUCAAAAAUGGGUAACCGCAUCUGCUAUCAGAAUCUCUUUGAACCGUAUGAACACUUUCGGAGAUGAAGUUUUCAAAGAUCCUCAAGUACUCAGAAGUUAUUACUAUGCUAUUUCUGACUUUGCUGUUGGAGGAAGAUGUAAAUGUAACGGUCACGCUUCGGAAUGCGUCGGAUCAUCAUCUGUUGAUGGAGAAAAUCGUCUCGUAUGCCGAUGUGAGCACAAUACUCAAGGAGCUGACUGCAAUGAGUGUCUGCCAUUUUACAACGAUCGCCCGUGGCGUUCUGGUACAUCAGUUGAGGCGAACGAGUGCAUUGCCUGUAAUUGCUCUCAGCUCUCCAACAGAUGUUAUUUCGACCAACAGCUCUUUGAGGAAACUGGACACGGAGGACACUGUAUUGAUUGUCAAGGAAACACACAGGGAGUUCACUGUGAACAGUGUAUUGCAAACCAUUGGAGAAGACCUGGGGAGAACUACUGUGUUGCCUGCGGAUGUAACGAGAUUGGAUCCCUUUCCACACAAUGUGAUAAUGAAGGAAAAUGUCAAUGUAAACCAGGUGUUACUGGACGGUUCUGUGACCAGUGUUUGGAUGGAUUCUAUGAUUUCAGUACAAACGGUUGCAAAAACUGUGGUUGUGAAACAUCUGGAUCUUUGAACAAUCAGCCAAGAUGCGAUUCCUCAAGUGGAUCAUGCUCUUGCAAGCUGAACGUCGAAGGACGUCAGUGUGACAAGUGUAAGCCUGGAUACUUUGAUCUUUCUACUGAGAACCAGUUCGGAUGUACUCCAUGCUUCUGUUUCGGACACUCUUCAAUUUGUAACACUGCCGAUGGAUACUUUGCAAUGAACGUAUCCAGCGUUUUCGAUCAGGACAAGCAGAAAUGGGCUGGACAAAACCGAAUCGGACUUCAAGACACUCAAUGGGCUGAGCUGGACAAAGCUGUUGCCGUCUCUGACACUGACAAUUCACCAGUAUACUUUGUUGCACCUGAACAAUUCCUUGGAGAUCAGAGAAGCAGUUACAAUCAGGAUCUUGUAUUCACGCUAAAAGUUGCUAAGCACGUUACAAAUCAAGAUGUCAAGGACAUUAUCAUUGUUGGUGCUGACCGUCAGGAACUCUCAACUUCCAUCACUGCUCAAGGAAAUCCGUUCCCAACAACUGAGGCCCAAACAUACCGCUUCCGUGUUCACGCUGAUCCAUACUUUGGGUGGUACCCAAGAAUCAAUGAACUCGACUUCAUUGGAAUUCUCUCCAACAUCACUGCCAUUAAAAUUCGUGGAACAUACUCAUACAAGGAUAUCGGUUAUCUUUCCAAUGUGAAUCUAGGAACCGCCGGAGUCGCUCCAUCAGCCGCCAACCCGAAACAAGCUACUUGGAUCGAGCAUUGUGAAUGUCUCCCAGGAUUCGUCGGACAAUUCUGUGAAUCUUGUGAAUCUGGAUUCCGCCGUGAAACCAAGUUUGGAGGUCCGUUCAAUCAUUGUAUCAAAUGCGACUGCCAUAAUCAUUCAAACAGUUGUGAAGCUGAAAGUGGAUCAUGCAUCUGUGAACACAACACUGCUGGAGAUACCUGUGAGAGAUGUGCUCGCGGAUACUACGGAGAUGCUCUUCAAGGAACUGAGGAAGACUGUCAGAAGUGUCCAUGCCCAAAUGAUGGUCCAUGUAUUCUUCACGCUGACGGAGAUGUCAUUUGCACUGAAUGUCCUAACGGAUACACUGGUCGUAGAUGUGACGAAUGCUCCGAUGGAUACUUCGGUAAUCCAAAAGACGGAACUGAAUGCGUCGAGUGUGCUUGCUCCGGCAACACUGAUCCUAACUCAAUUGGAAACUGCGACAAGAUUACUGGAGAGUGUAAGAAGUGUAUUUUCAAUACUCAUGGAUUUAACUGCGAGAACUGCAAACCAGGAUACUGGGGAGAUGCUCUCAUUGAACCAAAAGGAAACUGCCAGUCUUGUGGAUGUUUCGCAGCUGGUACUCGUCGUCCAAACAACGAUUAUACUCUUUUGGAGUGCAACCAACAAGAUGGACAAUGUGACUGCUUGCCAAAUGUUAUCGGAAUUCAGUGUGACCAGUGUGCUCAUGGAUUCUACAACAUCACUUCUGGACUUGGAUGCCAAGAAUGCAAUUGUGAUCCAUUGGGAUCAGAAGGAAACACCUGCGAUGUGAACACAGGACAAUGUCAAUGCAAACCAGGAGUUACCGGACAACGAUGUGAUCGUUGUGCUGACUAUCAUUUUGGAUUCAGUGCCAAUGGAUGUCAACCAUGCGAUUGUGAAUACAUCGGAUCCGAGAACCAACAAUGUGAUGUCAAUUCUGGACAAUGCUUGUGUAAGGAGAAUGUUGAAGGAAGAAGAUGCGACCAGUGCGCUGAAAACCGAUAUGGAAUCACUCAAGGAUGCUUGCCAUGCGAUGACUGUUACACAUUGAUCCAGAGCCGUGUUAAUGUGUUCAGAGAGAAAGUUAAAAGUCUUGAUAAUACUCUUCAAGAGAUUAUUGAAAACCCAGCUCCAGUGAAUGACACCAAAUUUGAUGAGAAAGUCAAGGAAACGUCUCGUGCUGCUUCAGAAGUAUGGGAGGCUGUAAAGCAAAAGACAAAAGAAGGCGGUGGAACUAUCAAAACAAAAUCCAAGGCAAUCAAAGAUGAAAUUGUUGCUGCUCUUGAGAAGCUUACCUCGAUUGAUGAAUCUGUUGCUCAGGCCAAAGUUGGAGCUGAUGCUGCUGAAAAUGAUAUGAAGAGAUGGGAAAUUAUUAUUGAGAAUGCUCGCAGAGAAAUUGAAAAUGUGCUCCACUACCUGGAAACCGAAGGAGAAGAGAGAGCUCAAAUUGCGUAUAACGCCAGCCAAAAGUACGGAGAGCAGAGCAAGCGCAUGUCUGAGUUGGCUUCUGGAACACGCGAAGAAGCUGAGAAACAUUUGAAGCAAGCUUCAGAAAUUGAACAACUUUCGGAACAAGCCAUUGCUAACGCCACUCAAGCUAACAAAGAAGCCAGUGACGCAAUCUACGGGGGAGAACAAAUUUCCAAGCAAAUCGCUGAGCUCAAGGAGAAACAAAAUCAGCUCAACGAGUCUAUUCACAGAACGCUAGAUUUGGCCGAGGAACAGAAAAAAUCAGCCGAUGAAGCUAAUAAUCUUGCCGCUGUUUCACUCACAAAUGUUGAAGCCGUCAAGAUUCCAAGUGUGGAUCCCAAGGAGUUGAGAAAUGAUGUAGCUGGAGUUUUAGAAGAAUCUGAAAAUCUUGUUGACAGCUCCGUCAAAGAGAACAGUGCCAAUGAUGAACUUUUUGAUGAAGUUAACCGCUCUGUUGCUGACGCUCGUAACGAACUUCAAAGCUCACAAGACCAACAAAGAGUUUCCGAUCAACUAAUGCUGGAAUUAGAAAAAUCUCGCGAAAGAAUUGUUGACUCUGUAUCGACUGCUGAUAAGACUUUGAAGGAUGCCGAAGCCGCUUUACAAGUUUUGGAAGAGUUCGGCGCCAAGAUCGAAAAAUCUCGAAAUGAUGCUGUCGCAGAAUUUGCUGGAGUAGAAGGAAUCAAUCAGAGACUUGAUGAUAUUAUUGAUGCUCAAGAUAAAAGAAGAAACUCUCUCCCAAUUGAUAAGCAGUUUGUUAUCGACUACAGAAAAUCCGCUGAUGUUCUUCUCAAUGAAACUCACGCUCUUGCCGACAGAUACAAGGAUAUUAUUCAUUCAGAUGUUGAUACGCGAGAUUCCACCGAAGCUGUUCAGUAUGAUAUUGAACAAUUAAUGGAAGAACUCACAGAUUCAAAUGAAAACCUGCAGUAUUACAAGAAACAAGCCGAAGACGAUAAGCAAAUGGCUACUGAAGCGGUCCGCAAGGCAACUCUUGCCAAGAAUUCUGCCAUCGAAGCAAAUGCUACCAUUCUCGCUGAGGAAGAUGAAAUCAAGAAAAUCAUCAAUUCUUUGGAUACCAUGGAAGAAGUGAACAACGCGGAGCUAGAUGAGCUCGAGGAGGAAAUUGACAGACUUGAUCAAUUGUUGGCUCAGGCACAACUUGCCAAGGAAGUUCCCACGUAUCAGCAAUACCGCGCUGACGAGGACGUAAAGGUGGCACAGCUCAAAAAUGAUAUUUCUGAGCUCCAGAAGGAGGUUUUGAACCUAGAGGAAAUCCGUGACAACUUGCCAACCAAAUGCUUCAAUGUCAUCAAUUUGGAGCAAGAGGGACAGAAAUAAGAUAAUCUUUAUAAUUUUUCUAUCAAACUUUUUCUAUGAAAAUCGAUCAGAUAAUUUAUUAACUCUAAUAUUAAAAUAUCUGAAAAAGAGCCCUUAAAAAUUAUUAGGUCGGCAAAUAAUUAUUGACGUGUUUUGCCAAUUAACGAUUUUUUGUAAAUUUUAUAUGUGUCUCUUACAGUAAACCGAGAGUGUAUAAAAGCAUAUGAAUAUCAGUUGCUUUGGUCAUCUGAGUAGUAAUACGAUUCGAAAAAAUCGAAAAGUUUUUUUUCCAAUUUUUUGAGUUAGCCGUGAGAGUUGUAAUGUUAAUAUCUAAAUCAAUUAAGUUCUGUUUGCUUAAUGCAAAAAAUGAAUCCCAACCCAAUUGAGCCAUUCCAUAAACUUAAUAGUAAAUCAAAGUCAAAAAGCAAACCGCACAAAAAUACGAUAUUUUUUAGUUUUGAUUAAUUCUUGGAAAUAUUUUCUUCACAGCUAACUCAAAAAAUCGCGAAAAGCAUUUUUCAAAAAAUUUUUGAUUUUUUAGAUUCUUAAUACUACGCAGGUAGCCAAAGUAGCUGAUAUUUUUAUGUUUUCAUACAUUCACAUUUUACUAUAAGACACACAUACAAAAUUUACAAAAAUUGUUAAUUGACAAAAUACGUCAAUAAUUAUUUGUCUACCUAAUAAAAUACGUUUAAAUUGCUGAUCGACUUCUAUUAUUAAUUUACGUGUUGAGCCGGGAUAAUUAUUUUUGUUCCCAUAACUAAUAAUUUCCUCUUCCUGUCGCCUUAUUGUCACAUUACCCUCACCUUCCCCGGUGCCCAAACGCGUGCACAGCUUGAUGAAAUUUUGCAAAAUUUUGUUAAGCAUCUUCUGUUUUUUUGUCUUCUUUCCUAUUAUUUUGUGAUAAUGUUGAACUGUUCAACUAUUCUAAAUUAUCACGCUAAACUAUUUCCUUUAUCAACGAUUCUCUAUUUAAAAAAUAUACCAAAUUCAUUUUUGUUAUCCGAAAUCUCAUACCAAAUUUUGCCACCAACACAUCGAUUUCCCCAACGCUUUCAGUUUCUUAUUUGUUUUAAUUAAUAUUUUUAUAAACGUUCAAUUUUAAAAUU